AUGAGAUUAUGUCAGUCAUUACAGUUAUUGUUUGCCCUUUGUAAGUUGCAGGGGGUAGCAUCGUUCACUUCUUGCAUACAGAAUAAAAGGACACAAAUCUAUUCCAAUGCGGAAAAUGCAAUGGAACCAGAUGUGAUUGAUAUUGACAUCACAGACUCUAGCGAUUCUGAAGAUGUUCCAAUGCCUGAUAUCAAGUCUCAGUUUUGUGUGACUGGAGUCUCUCCUUCCAAGGAGAUGCCAUUAAAUGAAGCCGUAUCGAGGAUCACUAGUUUAUCUUUGGAAGAGGCGAAUGAUUUGAUCAAGCUUGGAGCUGUGUGGGCCAGAAUGGAUACGCUAACCGAAGAAGAUCUCCUGUCUCAAUACGAAAACGACGACGAUUUCGAGCUCUAUGCCGAUUUGCCGAAGGGAUGGAAUAGUGGCACAUACGAAGAAGAGGAGGACUUGGACUUGGAAGAAUACAUUGCAAAGAUGGAAUCUCAGCGAUUUCGGAGAAUUCUUUCACCACAGCUAAUUCAGCCCGGAACAGACCUGCGCAUAUAUCCCAAACCUCGUCGAUUUCCAGCUUGCUACAGGAUCGACAAAAGCAGUCUAAUAUACCAAGAUACGACGUUUAUUGUUGUGGAUAAGCCUCCUCUUCUUCCAACACAACCCGAUGCCAGCAAUUACUAUGAAAAUUGCCCAGGCUGUGUGCAAGAUGUCUUGGGCCCAUUCUAUGACAUUGUGGGCAACGAGAUUCGAAGACCUCUGAUAUGUCAUCGUGUUGAUUCAACUGUGGGAGGCUGCGUUGUUCUCAGCAAAGAUCGUAACGGGCAAAAGGUCUUUCAGAAUUUGCAACGCGAACGAAAACUGAAAAAGGUGUACCUUGCGGUCACAACGGAACCGGUUCCGGUUGGAAUGCACCUCCAUUGGAUGUGGUCACCGCAAACGGCUCGCGGGAAUGCCGGGGGGCCUCCCUGUCAACUAAUCUCUCAUUUCCCACCGGAAUCAAGACGAAAAGCUCGACAGUUUUGGACUCGUUGUGUACUCGAGGUUACCAAAUGCGAACCAAUCGAAAUAGAGAAAACAGAUGAUUAUGACCCAGGAGACAAGCAACAUUACCAAAAUACCAUUCGACUUGUUACUGGCAGAAAACAUCAAGUUCGCGCACAACUUGCUAGUUUGGGCGCUCCGAUUAUUCGUGACACUCUGUACCAGCCGCUCGGUGGAAUGACUCUUGGGAGUUUGGAAACAGAUGAAGACGCUCUUGACGAAGCAAUUGCUCAAUGUCGUGUUCCAACAGAACCAAUAGGACUUCAAGCACAUGCAAUUUUGUUUGGUGGGGUAAAGGCAAGAGCAAGAGAUCCGUGGUGGGUCUCCAAGACCAAAAAGGAAUAG